CUCGUCCUCCUCGGUCUCCGACACACAGACGAACCGGCAGCUGGGCACAGACCACAGUACUGUGACUGCGCGGAAGUUACCCCCCGCCUCCCUCUUCCACCUCCAGCAGCAGCAGCAGCAGCAGCAGCCCUCGUCCUUCACUCCUGGAGCUGCGGAACUUCUCGUCAGCGUUGUUGUCAAACUGAACUGGCGACCUUGACAGCGAGCCGCGAAGAGGAACUUUGCAGGAGUGUGACCCGGGCUUCCUCUCCGCAGUUUUUCAGGGAAGACGAGAAGCUGGGCUGGAGAGGCACUGGAAGUAAAAGUCUGCUCUUUGCUCUGGAGUUACUGUGAGCCGGCGAAGUUUGGCGUGCAAAGGGAAGGAAGAAGCUGGAAGAUAUAAAGAGGGGGAAAGUGUGCGAUCCAUCAGUCAUUACAGGUGCAGAGAGAGAUUGAGAGAGAGAGAGAUAUUCAAACUUGGACCCUCAGAGGAUGCUCAGUAGGAAACGUUAUCCUGAGUAUCACACCUAGUCUGUGUAAGUGGAGCGAACUGUCCAAAGGAAGAGGAAGAGAAAAAACACACACACAGUCUGACCGAAUUUGAACAGCAGCUUGUGUCCGCGUCCUGUGCGCUCUGCUUGGUGCGCUCCGACGGACAGCGAGACAAGAGAGAGACCCACAGAGCUCCAGCAGGAGAGCCGCGCCGGGGUUUCCAGCACCGGGGGAUCAGACUCCACUCCGCCUGGCACUUGUUGGCCGCUCCGGCCGGCUUGGAGCAAUGUUGGCGGAGCGCUGGAGCGGAUCGAUGUGGCGCGCCACAUGGAUUUUAUUUCUUCCUUUUCUCAUCCACUCCACGCCAGCUCAAGAUGAUGUGCCUCCCUAUUUCAAGACAGAACCAGUGCGCAGCCAGCUGCACCUGGAGCGCAACCGGUUGGUGCUGACCUGCAUGGCGGAGGGAAGCUGGCCGCUGGAGUUUAAAUGGAUCCACAACACCACAGAACUAACACGAUUCUCACUGGAAUAUAGGUACCUAAUCCCCUCCUUAGAUCGCUCUCAUGCUGGCUUCUACCGCUGCAUCGUGAGGAAUCGGGUGGGAGCCCUUCUGCAGAGACGUACAGAAGUACAAGUGGCCUUUAUGGGCAGUUUCGAAGAGGGUGAGCGCAGUCAGUCUGUCUCUCAGGGGGAGGGCGCUGUCAUUUCAGCACCACGGAUUCGGAGUUUCCCCCAGCCGCAAGUUACCUGGUUCAGAGACGGACGGAAGAUUCCGCCAAGCAGUCGCAUUGCAAUUACUUUGGACAACACACUGGUUAUUUUGUCUUCGGUGGCACCAGAUGCCGGGCGCUACUAUGUGCAAGCAGUUAACGACAUAAAUGGAGAAAACAAGACCAGCCAACCCAUCACCCUAACAGUUGAGAAUAUUGGAGGUCCAGCCGACCCCAUUGCUCCCACUAUCAUCAUCCCGCCCAAGAACACCAGUGUGGUCACAGGCACAUCAGAGGUUACGAUGGAGUGUGUGGCCAAUGCCAGGCCUCUUAUAAAGCUGAGUAUCUCCUGGCGUAAAAACGGUGUGUUGGUGAGCAGCGGUUUGAGUGACUUCAACCGCAGGCUCACUAUUCUCAGCCCAAUGGUGAGUGACGCCGGAUUCUACGAAUGUGAAACCGUUCUCCGCAGCAGCAGUGUGCCUUCUGUCAGCGCUGGUGCCUACCUUCAUGUGUUUGAGCCACCACAGUUCAUCAAGGAACCAGAGAAACACAUCACGGCUGAGAUGGAGAAGGUGGUGGACAUUCCCUGUCAAGCAAGGGGAGUUCCCCAGCCAGAAAUCGUCUGGUACAAGGAUGCCCUUCCCAUCGAUCCAGUGAAGACGCCGAGGUACAGAGUCCUGGUGGGGGGGAGCCUGCAGGUCAACGGUCUGCUGCCUGAUGACACCGGCAUGUUUCAGUGCUUUGCCAGGAACUCGGCAGGAGAAGUUCAGACUAACACCUACCUGGCUGUUACCAGCAUCGCACCGAACAUCACAGCCGGACCCUCUGACAGCACGGUGAUUGACGGGAUGUCAAUUAUCCUGCACUGUGAGACCUCAGGAGCUCCAAGGCCUGCCAUAACCUGGCAGAAAGGUGAGCGUGUGUUGGCCAGCGGUUCUGUGCAGCUGCCCAGGUUUACUCUGCUUGAGUCGGGAAGUUUGCUCAUCUCUCCUUCACACAUUUCUGAUGGCGGGACCUAUACUUGCAUGGCAAGUAAUUCGAGGGGCAUCGAUGAGGCAUCUGCUGACCUCAUUGUCUGGGCUCGCACUCGGAUUACCACACCCCCACAGGAUCAGAGUGUCAUCAAAGGGACCAAAGCUAUUAUGACCUGUGGAGUCACACAUGACCCGAGUGUAAUUAUCAGGCAUGUUUGGGAAAAAGACAACUCUCUGAUCAAUGUGCAAGCCAUCCCCCGAAUGCGCCUGGACGCCGACGGCACCCUGCACAUCUCCCAGACCUGGUCGGGUGACAUCGGCACGUACACGUGCAGAGUCACCUCGGUCGGAGGCAACGACUCCCGGAGCGCUCACCUCCGUGUCAGGCAGCUCCCACACGCCCCAGAGAACCCCUCUGCAGUGCUGAGCAAGUCUGAGAAAAGAGCCAUAGACCUGGCUUGGGCCAAGGCUUUUGAUGGGAACAGUCCUCUCAUACGCUAUAUCCUGGAGGUUUCUGAAAACAAUGCUCCCUGGGCCAUCCUGCUGGCCAAUAUUGAACCAGAGUCCAUAGCAGUGACAGUGAAUGGCUUGAUCCCGGCCCGCUCCUAUCAGUUCCGCCUCUGUGCCGUUAAUGAUGUCGGGAAGGGGCAGUUCAGUAAGGAGACUGACCGCGUGUCUCUCCCAGAGGAGCCCCCCAGUGCCCCUCCUCAGAAUGUCAUUGCCAGCGGCAGAACCAACCAGUCUAUCAUGAUCCAGUGGCAGCCGCCGCCCGAAAGCCAACAGAACGGCAUCCUCAGAGGCUACAUCGUCCGUUACCGACUCACUGGGCUACCUGUGGACUAUCAGCUCAAGAAUAUCUCCAGCCCGGAUGUGACGACUCUACUCCUAGAAGACCUAAUCAUCUGGACAAACUAUGAGAUUGAGGUGGCUGCCUACAACGGGGCAGGUUUGGGCAUCUUCAGCCAUAAAGUCACAGAGUGGACUCUUCAAGGAGUCCCAACCAUCGCUCCAGGAAAUGUGCAGGUUGAGGCAGUCAACUCAACAGCUAUUCGUUUUACCUGGACCGCUCCGAACCCUCAGUUCAUCAACGGCAUCAACCAGGGCUACAAGUUGCUGGCUUGGGAACCUGGCAAAGAAGAAGAAGUUUCUAUGGUAACGGUACGACCGAACUUCCAGGACAGUGUCCACGUGGGAUACGUGACAGGUCUGAAGAAGUUCACUGAGUAUUUCACCUCGGUGUUGUGCUUCACUACACCUGGAGACGGUCCCCACAGCCCACCUAAGGCUCUGAAGACUCAUGAGGACACCCCCGGUGCUGUAGGCCACCUGAGCUUUACAGAGAUCCUGGAUACCUCUCUCAAAGUCAGCUGGAGUGAGCCGAGUGAGAAGAAUGGCGUUCUAACAGGAUACCGCAUUUCAUGGGAGGAGUUCAAUCGGACAAACACGAGAGUCACCCACUACCUGCCAAAUGUCACCCUUGAGUACAGGGUCACGGGCCUUACCGCUCUCACUACAUACACUAUCGAAGUGGCAGGAAUGACCUCCAAGGGCCAAGGCCAGCUGUCCUCCUCUACCAUCUCCUCUGGGGUCCCACCAGAGCUUCCUGGACCUCCCACCAACAUUGCAAUAACCAACAUCGGUCCACGUUCAGUGAACCUGCAGUUCAAACCCGGCUAUGAUGGAAAAACAUCCAUUUCCCGCUGGCUGGUAGAAGCCCAGGUUGGGAUGGUAGGAGAAAAUGAGGAGUGGGUGACAGUUCAUCAGGUGUCAAAUGAACCUGAGGCUCGCUCUUUGGAGGUGCCGGGUCUCAAUCCGUACACUCUUUACAGAUUCCGGAUGCGCCAAGUAAACAUAGUGGGAAGUAGUCCUCCAAGCCAGUCUUCCAGAAAGAUUCAGACUCUGCCAGCUCCUCCAGACAUGGCCCCCGCCAAUGUCACGCUUCGCACAGCCAGCGAGACCAGCCUCUGGUUGCGAUGGAUGCCUCUGCCUGAAUGGGAAUACAAUGGGAACGCAGAGCAAGUGGGCUACAGGGUUCAGUACUACCGCGUUGGCUCACAGGGCCGUGGUCUGACCCACAUCGUCACUGACCGCCUGGAAAGGGAAUUCACCAUUGAAGACCUGGAGGAGUGGACAGAGUAUGAAGUUAGGGUCCAGGGUGUCAAUGGCAUCGGGUUUGGACCGUGGAGCCAGCCGGUCAGAGGCAGGACAAGGGAAUCUGUCCCUUCAUGUGGACCCACCAACGUAUCCGCCUUUGCCACCACCUCCAGCAGUAUCCUAGUGCGUUGGAUUGAAGUUCCUGAGCCUGACAGGAACGGCCUCAUUCUUGGCUAUAAGGUGAUGUAUAAAGAGAAGGAUUCUGACAGUGCUGUCCGUUUCUGGAUGGUGGAAGGGAAUGCCUCCCACAGUGUCCAGCUGACCGGUUUGGGGAAAUACGUGCUGUAUGAGAUCCAGGUUCUGGCUUUCACUCGGAUUGGAGAUGGACGACCGAGCUCUCCGCCAAUCCUGGAGAGGACUUUGGAUGAUGUACCAGGACCUCCUGUUGGAAUCCUCUUUCCUGAAGUACGGACCACUUCUGUCCGGCUAAUUUGGCAGUCACCUGCACAGCCCAAUGGCAUCAUACUUGCCUACCAGAUCACUUACCACCUGAACUCCACUAACAGCAACGCAGCCACCGUAGACGUCCUGAACCCCAGCACUCGUCAGUAUACCGUGACCAGCCUUAAACCGGAAUCUGUCUAUGUAUUUCGCAUCACAGCCCAAACCAGGAAAGGUUGGGGUGAUGCAGCCGAGGCCCUAGUUGUGACCACAGAGAAAAGAGCUCGACCACAGCCCACCAGCCGCCCCGUUGUGCCUCAGAAGGAUGUUCAGGCCCGUCAUGUGCUGCUCUCCUGGAAGCCAGGAAGUGACGGGCUGUCCCCGGUGCGUUACUACACCGUGCAGCAGAAAGAGCUGCCUGAGAACAACUGGACGGUGCACUCUGCCUCCGUCAGCCACGAGGCUACAUCCUACAAAGUGUCCAGGUUAAAACCUUUUACUUCUUACCAGUUCAGAGUAAAAGCUACUAAUGACAUUGGGGACAGUGAGUACAGUGAGGAGAGUGAAGCUAUCACAACUCUACAGGAUGUGCCAGACGAAGCACCAACAAUCCUCUCUGUCACGCCGCACACAACUACGUCGGUGCUGAUCCGCUGGCAGCCACCUGCUGAGGAGAAGAUCAAUGGAAUCUUACUGGGAUUUCGGAUUCGCUACCGUGAACUGCUUUAUGACCGUCUCCGCAAUUACAUUCACACAGUCAACAGUCUAUCCUCGUGGGCUGAGCUAAACGCCCCCUACACCAUCCGGAAUCUAAGUGAUCCAACUCUCACUCAGUACGAACUGGACAAGCUAAGUAAACACAAGCGCUAUGAGAUACGCAUGAGUGUGUUCAACGCUGUGGGCGAGGGGCCAAGCAGCCCACCCCAGGAGGUAUUUGUUGGAGAGGCAGUCCCCACAGCCUCACCGCAGAAUGUUGCCAUCCAGUCAGCAACAGCUACUCAGUUGGACAUUACAUGGGACCCUCCACCAUUGAAUGCACAGAAUGGUGACAUCCAGGGCUACAAGAUUUACUUUUGGGAGUUCCAGCGUAAGAAUGAGACGGAGCGACUGCGGACACUUUUCAUGCCAGAGAGGGGGGUGAAACUAAAGAACCUGACUGGCUACACCACAUACAUGAUCAGUGUGGCUCCCUUCAACGCUGCCGGUGACGGACCCCGCAGUCCUCCAACCAGGGGACGUACUCAGCAAGCUGCUCCGAGUGCGCCGAGUUUCAUUCACUUCAGUGAGCUGACCACCACCUCAGUCAAUGUGUCCUGGGGUGACCCCACAUUCCCUAAUGGCAUCAUUGAAGGCUACCGUCUGGUUUAUGAGCCAUUAACACCUGUGGAUGACUCUUCAGUGGCCUGUGCCGACUGUCUUCACUCCCCCUCCCCCCCAGGCGUCAGUAAGACAGUUAUGGUGGACGUGAAGGGCACUGGCCCCCUCUGGUUGAAACUCAGAGACUUGGCUGACGGCAUCACAUACAACUUCCGUAUCCGGGCCAAGACAUUUAUCUAUGGGCCAGAGGUGGAGGCUAACAUCACCACUGGGCCAGGCGAAGGAGCCCCAGGGCCACCCGGAGAGCCUUUUAUAACACGUUAUGGUUCAGGCCUGACCAUUCACUGGACAGGCGGUGACCCAGGACGUGCUCCUAUAACACGCUAUGUCAUCGAGGCCAGACCUUCAGAUGAGGGUUUGUGGGAUAUCAUAAUCAAAGAUAUCCCUAAGGAUGCAACAUCGCACACAUUCAACAUGGAUAUGCUUAAACAAGGCGUUAGCUAUGACUUUCGGAUAAUCGGAGUGAACGACUAUGGCUACGGCUCUCCAAGCCUACCGUCUCCCUCGAUAUCUGCUCAGAAAGUGGCCCCGUUUUACGAGGAAUGGUGGUUCCUCGUCGUCGUUGCGCUGGUGGGGCUCAUCUUCAUCCUGCUGCUGGUUUUCAUCCUCAUCAUUAGAGGACAGAGCAAAAAAUAUGCAAAGAAGUCAGAAUCGGUGUCUCUGUACGUGUGUCCAGGUAACAACUCCAAUUGCAAUGCUCUGACUCACGGCGACAUGGUCAGUCUGGAUGAAGGUCGCUUCCCCGCUCUGGAGCUUAACAACCGACGGCUGUCAGUGAAAAAUUCUUUCUGUCGGAAGAAUGGCGUCUACACCAGGUCUCCACCCAGACCCAGUCCAGGCAGUCUCCACUACUCGGACGAGGAUGUGAGCACCAAAUACAAUGACCUGAUCCCUGCGGAGAGCACAAGCCUGACUGAAAAACCCUCUGAAAUCUCUGACUCACAGGAGGCGCUGGUGUUUUCAUAUGGGACAGGUGGCCUACAUACACUUCCACUGCAUUUGGGCAGCGACAGUGAGUACGAGGUCGACCCAAACCGGCAGAAAACCCACUCUUUUGUCAACCACUACAUAAGCGACCCAACCUACUACAACUCCUGGCGCCGCCAGCAGAAGGGAAUAUCCCGAGCGCAGGCCUACAGCUUCACUGAGUCUGAGUCGGGAGACCCGGAGCACCACGCCCCACCACCACUGCCUCCACUACCCCCACUCCCACCGCAACUCAGUUCACCCAGCCCUCAGCCUCAACAGGCCCAGGGUCAACCCCAGGGUCAAGGCAACCUGUUUAGACCCAAAGGAAGUCGGACUCCCACCCCCUCCCAGCAGAGCUCUAACACCUCCAGCCAGCACAACACCCUCUACAGGCCCCCCAGCAGCCUGGCCCCUGGGUCACGAGCUCCUAUUGCUGGCUUCUCCUCCUUUGUGUGAAAAAUGCUGAAAAGGACCAAACUUUCUGGAAGCAUCAAUACGUGUUGAACAGCACGGCAUCGGAAAAUGCAAAAUCAGCCUGACAGAUCGAUCUCAGCCGUCUCUCGCCUCUUAUAGUGUUUUCAUUUGCUCUCAUGUUAUUUCUUUUGUUUUUGGAUAAACAGACUUUUCAAAGCACUUGGUCUUGUUUAGCGUGUGAAAGUGUGCCAUUGUAGACUCAGUUUUUGCUUUCACCAAUUCAUAAGACAUGUCUGCAGUUAUUUUAAUCACUGAACAACUUGCAUGAUUUUUUUUUUUUUUUUUUUUUUGUUCUUUGAAACACAUUCAUUAGUAACUUCUGUACAAAGUCACCAGUCUUUGAAAACACAAAACCUUUUCUAUAUAUAUAUAUAUCAACUAUAUAUAUAUAUCAACUAUAUAUAUAUAAAUAUAUAUACUGCAUAUAUAUAGUGGAGAUACCGAGAAGACAAAAUUGAGUCGGUGGACAAAAUCAGCUUAAUUGAUGGAAACUCGUGAUGAAGAGAAAAAAACUCAAUUUGUCUCCAUGUGAAAACAAAAUAUGAAGGAUAAAAUAUGGAACUAAACACCAAACUGACACAACGUUUCACGUGUUGUCCUGGAACAUUUUCUGUGGACAUUCAGGACACAAAUCUGCAUUACUGUGGAACCAACUCUUCAGUCUGAGAGCACACACACACAGAAAAGUCAAACAGCAUUUUGUUACAUUGGGCCAAAGGUGGCUCUACUGUGCCUGAGAGACCCUCCAGAUCUAUGAAAUGAGUGUAUGUCUGUUUAACUGAAAAGGUUCAAGUCUUUUUGUGAGAGUGUUCUAGUGGAACAAAACUGUCUUGAUGGCUUAUUUAUGACAUCUGGCACCAGUUGUGACCACACCACUCGCGGCGCCCUCCUCCAUGGGCUACAAGAGCCUCCUUUUACUCCCAACAGAUGGGCAAGGCAGAGGCUUCGAAUCUUCUCUGCAUACACAACCCAUUUUUCACGUUUGGCCACUUGGCUGGCUCUCGUAUAAACACAUCAGUCUCAAUCUACUGAAACGCUUUGAUAUUCAGCCUCCAAGUUGAAUUUUUGAAACUGUGGACACAUCUGCUGGAAGUGCUUAGGUGCGACUUUGUUAAGAAAAAAAAAGGUGGAGAAAUGUUUUUAUCUCCUCACCUUGUUGCUAAAACUGUUUUUGUUCCUGCCACUGAUCACUAUCGCUGGGCAGCACUGAGCCUGUUCAACAGAUGAUGUCAUUAAAUUGCCUCACUUCUCUCCCUUUUGUGUAAUCAGCCAUUCUGUACUAUCCAGGUGUGACUUUGCUCUAAAGCGUGCGUGCGUGUGUGUGUGCGUGUGCAUGGGCGUGUGCUCCAGUGAUUACACUAUGUGUACUUCAAGCUUUACAGAUCAUUCACUGUAAGUCUGUGUAUAAACGGAUCGUCCUGCAGCUUUAAACCUGCCUGGAGCUUUGCCGCAGAAGGGUGGGUCACGUCUGGCCACCUGUGAUGCGAACUUACAAUGCUAUAGUGAAGAAUCGGUGAUGUGUUGCUAGUUACCAUAGUUCGAAAAGUGAAAAGACUGUCAUCUACUUUUUCCUUUUAGGUUUUAUUUUUAAGUUUUAAUGUGGGGUGAUUUCAUUGUACGCAACAAAAGCUUAUCAUGCAGAAUCUGAAUGAAUAUAUUAUCACAGUACAUUUCUGAAAUAAAUUAUUUUUCAAUGUUA